AAUUCACGGUAGCGGCGACACCGGCACGCAUUCACGUACUUAUAUAUAGUACCUAGAGUGAGAAAGAGGAUGGGAGCGACCCAAUACGUCGAGAGAGCAGAGUGGGAGGAUAAAUAGGUUGGGGUGGGGGAUAGAUUCUCGGAGUUCGAAGCCGCGCGUUUGAUCGGUUUCGAAAUAACAUAAAUGUUCGCACUGGCGAGGUUUAUCAACAACGAUUUAUUUCGACGGAGCAUGUACGAACACGGGAUUUACGAAAAUAACGAGUAUAAUACCGAGGACGAGGUAGAAUACGGUGUAAACGUAAAAACAGGAAGCAACCAAGGUAAUACGCGUCUCGUUGGCAUGGAAUGGACCCGUGAUAAAACCUUGGAACUUCUUCAAGAAUAUCAGCAGAGACGCGUACUAUGGGAUUGGAAUGCUCGUGGAUAUAGGGAUAGGGCUAAACGUAAACGUGCAAUCCAAGAGCUCGCACAGAUUUUGUCUUGUAAUACGUUAGAGGUCGAGAAGAAAAUAACUAACUUGAAGUGCCAGUACUCCAGGGAAGUACAUAAAAUUCAGAAUAGCCGGGACGCUGCAACCAGGCCGGAUGAUGUUUACGUCUCCAAGUGGUUUGCUUUCAAGGCGAUGCAAUUCCUUCAAUUCGGUACUCGCCGAUAUAGCAAGAGAAAGAAGGUGAGAAGAGAUCAAAGAAAGAAGAAAGUCGAAGAAGAAUCGAAGCUGCAGGAGGAAUAUCUCGUAAGUGACAUCGAUCCAGAAUGUAUAACAUUUAUCGACUGUAACGAAGAGACGAAUGGUUUUACGACCGGUUCGUUCAAUCCUUCCUUGAGCGAAGAUGCUGAAGAAUCUUCUUCGUCGAGUCUGAAAACGAUGGAACUUUAUAAUGCUUCGUUACCAGGACCCAACAGUCCGCUUGACGAUCUCGAAGAAACUGGAGGAACCUUGAAUCUCGAAAGGGCAUCGUCUAACGAGACAAAAAAAACAAAAGAAGAAUUCGUAAAAUUUGCAGAAAGUAUAGCCGUUCAACUCGCUGAAAUACCGGACUCUUAUUCGAGAUCGGUCGCCAAGUUGAGGAUCAAUCAAAUCUUAUUCGAAGCUGAAAUCGGUGUUUACGCGCAAACACGACGCUAAUUGCUUUGCUUUAUAUUUUAUGUUUUAUGUUUGUGAUCGUCAUUGUCGAUCAACGACUAUAAUAAUAUUGACCAUUUGUAUUGAUAAAUUGAUUUUCCCAAAUUCUCUGCUUUUUUGUUAGUCAACGGAUCCUUGCAUCAGGAUCGACGAAUACUCGAGAUCAGGACGAUGAAAGAUUCACGAAUGCAAUUGCGCUUUUCGUCGAUUAUAUUACAUUUUAUUAUUCGGCGAAAUUCUUCUUAUGAAGGUUAUGAAAAUUUGUUAAUUCACGCUAAUUGAGCCUUAUUUAAUAUUACGCGAUUUAACUUUUCAUGUUGGAAUAGAGUUCUUUAAGAGCUAAUUUUUUUGUUGCUUUUAAUUUUACGUGUGAGCAACUUCGUUUGUUCUAUUAGAUUGUAUCGUUCUCUUUUUUGUAAAUUAUUAUCAGUCCUCUCGGAGAUAAUAUUUCGAGACCUUGAGGACAAUUUGUUAUUAUAUUUUUUUGAACGAAUCUUUUUAUUCUUUCUAAUGUUUUUCCUUGACUAACGUUGAAUUAUGAAAGAGAGAUAAUAACGACUGAUAACUAAGAAAAUAACUUAUUAUAGAAGAGAAUGAAAAAAAAAGAAAAGAAGAAAUAAGAAAAUAUUAUCCUUGCAAAAUUUGAUGCAGUUAUUGAAAUAAACAAAAGUACACAAAAUAAAUCAAAAUAAACACAAGGAAGUACGAGGAAGUUUUUCUCUCUAUACGUUUUUCUGUUCGGUUCGAUAUCGAAAAAAUGAAAAACGUGCCUUAUGUACUUUCAUUUAUUUUGAUAUGUACAUAUGAAGAACAUUGAACGUUAAGAUUGAAGAAAAUUGUAUGUACAGAAAACAACGUAUACGAUUCGAAUCGUUUUUGUUUGAAUAUGUAUGUACUUUUAUACAACAAUAAUCGUGUAAUUGUUGAUAAAAACAGUCCUACAAUGGGACUAAAAAAAGAAGACUGUAUAAAAAAAGAAAAUUACGCUAUAUUGCAAUGUAUUAUCUUUACGUACGGACGAUCCUGAUCAGAUAUUUUUUAAAAGGUCUAUGCAGAGAUACAUAUUAUGUAUGAAAAUCAAAUAUAGUAUUUUAUUUAUAUUUCAUAAGUGAGAUAGAGAAUUAAUGAAUGGAUGAUUUAAAAUUGUAUGAUUAAAUCGAGCAUGCGUUAGUAUUUCUUAUUCUUUUGAAAUACGUUAUGAUAAAUUAUUGUUAUUUAGGUACGAUUAAAUGAGGAAAAAAUC